AUGGCGAUGCGCCAAAAGGAGGACGAGUCUUUGAAGGAUUAUGUGGUCCGAUUCAAUCAAGCAAAGCUCACAGUUGAUAACCCAACCAAGAAGAUGGUUUAUGCUGCCCUUUAUCAAGGAUUGUGGGUGGAGGGGCCCUUGAUGUCCGAGAUUGCUCUCAAUCAUCCUGAGAAUUUGGCCGACCUCACGGAUGUGAUUGAGAAGUAUGUAAACCAAGAGGAAACCCUAGCAGCUUUGAGGGAGUCCCAGAAGCAGAAGAUUUCGGAGUCAAGCCAUCUCGGGAAGAAAGAAAAGGCCCAGAAGGAGGAAAAACGGACCGAGACAAAAAAAACAAUGGAGCCUGCGAAGUAUUACCAAUUCUCAAUAGACGAGUGGACUCCCUUGAACUCUCCCAUUAAUGAGGUAUUGAUGGAAAUCAAGAGAGAUCCGCAGUACGAGAGGCCUUAUCCCAUUCACAAUAAGUAUGUGAAAGAAGAGAAUAGAAACAAAUUCUGCGCGUUUCAUGAUGCUCGAGGCCAUGUCACCGAGGAGUGCAGAAAUCUCAGAAUCUUGAUCGAGAAGUUCAUCAAAAAUGAAAAACUACUCCGUUUCAUAGCAGACAACUGGGGCCAGCCUCGGCAGAAUUAG